AGGUAAACAUGUUUCGACGCGACCACCAUCUCCUUCUCCAGACCGACCGCAGAGGUCGUACGGGAUACCUACACCUCCGCAAGCGACCUCUACAGACUACAUCCAACCUAUACAUGCCAAAUGACCGACAAUCAUGCGCAGAACAGACCAGCAUGGCAAACUGACGAGCUAGAAGACGAGUGGAUCGAUCAAGACGAACCCUCCGAAUCCGCUUUCAACCCAGUGCAUAGCAAUUCCGACAUCUCUCUAACGCAGGCUAUAGGGUCUCUGCUCAUAACGAAGGAGCAUGACCGGUCUUCUUCUGUGUCAAGUGCCAACACUGUUGGGACCGUCCUUGUUCGUGAAGAUGUACCCGCUGCUCCAAUCUUACCAAAGACUCCUGGUGGAAACAGGAAGAAUCUAGUCAAGGACUUCUUCAGCCCUCUGCCGUUGGAAAGAAUGUUUGAACCUCCCUCUCCUCCCCAGGCAAAACCUUCAAACGUACCGGCCUCUGCGCCAAUCAUUCCAUCUCGGCUUUCCCAGGUUCACUUGCCUGAGCCCGACUCUACUCAGGAAGUUUCUGAGAUAGAUCCAGGUUCUGCAGAAGAAACAGACGGAAGAGUCAAUGUAAGCAGAGAAUGCGACCAGCUCAAUUCUGGCAAUGAAGAUCGCGGUCCUAAUUACCAGUUUACCUUUGCUGCUCCCCGCCCGAGCCCAUUCGACCCUAUGGCACAGAGUACCCCUGGUCCGUCUCAUUACGCUACCCGGUCGCUUCAUGCUCCCCCGACAGACCCUCGCUUGCGUCUAUUUCAGUUCAACUACGACACCUUCACUCGUGACCAUUUGUCUGCGAUGGUAGACUCUAUUGCUGUUAACACACCCUCCGGUGGAAGUGUUGGUACCCCUCAAACAGAACUAAAUGGCUCGUCUUCUGGUGAUAUAUCUGAACACAGCAUCUCACGGCUUCGCAGCGCGAAACGUAUCAAGCUGAGUCCAGCCAGUGAUUAUUCUCCUGUUGGUGAUGGCACCGCUCUCAUUAUGCGACCUCAAACUGGUCGAAAAGACUAUGUAGGAGAAUCCAAGUCACUCAUGGAGAAGAUAAGACAGAACCGUGAUUUCUCCACUAUUUCGACCACCACGAGUGCACAGUCUCCUACCAGUCGUAAGAUAGGAUCCUCGCAUGACAGCUUGCCUCACAGUCCAAAUAAUUUCCUUGCGGUCCCAGAGCCAGACCAUUCCUCCGAUCGUACAACGUCCUCGAAACGAUCCAUCUACUCUUCUCUAGCCUAUCGUGAACAAGCUGCAAACCUAAUGGCUCAAAUACGAAACGACGUAAAAGGCUCAAAGCGCCUGUUCUCUGCCGAAACAGAGCUUUCACAUGUGGAACGAAGCGAGCAUAACGCAGGCAUGGUCGCUGCUGAAGGUGCUGCCGACGACCACUCAUACAGUGGCGAUACCGAGAUCAUUGACGACGAGGCAAAUGAGAACGGAAAUAAUCUCAACGUCUCCGUGGCAUCUUCCACUGCAUCUUAUACCCGUCCUAUAGUCAGCCCACGGAAAGUGCUACGCAAGAUCAGUGCUCAGCAGAAUGCUGAGAGUGAACUCUCCCUGAGGAUGUCUCAAGUAUCACUCAACUCUGACGGACUUCUUGAUCAAUUUCCGGAUCCUCCGAUACAGGUCCUUGUCACGUCUGCCUCUUCAAUUCCCUCUUCACCUGUCGCUCACACCAAUCAUGAGUCACAAGCUAACGGCACGCACCUCGCACCCCCCGCAAUUACACCGCCUGUUUACCCUACAAGUUCCCUUCGUAGGAAUGAUGAUCUCACCCGUUUCGUGUCGUCAAGUACGGCCUCAGGUACUACUAUCACCGCUGGUAGUGCAGCAUCCUUUGUCAAACAUGCUGGACCUAAACAGAUUACCCAUAUCGCACCCAGCGAUGUUCCCGCUCUUCCAGAUCGCGUAGGGAAGAUGGUAUACGACAGGAUCACGAUGAAAUGGGUGAAGGUCACGUCACAAGCUAUAUCUGAUGAACAAGGUGGCACACCGGAAGGCUCUAACGAUAGUGAAGAUCCCUUCAGAGACAUAGAGAGUUUGCGCGAGGAUUCUUCAGAGGGAAAGCCUGGGUCCGGCGAUGAAGAGGAUCACAGUGUCUUGACCGCGGAACUGGAGAAGAGUCGGGUAGAAGACGUGCCUUCUGACGCGGAGGGCAUUGAUGAAGAAGAGGCAGAACUCACCUCGUUUUCCUUCGAUGGACUCUCCGUGGAGGUAGCGCCAACAAAUGGCUCCGCGCAUUACGGAGACUUGGAAGAGAGCGACUCUGAUGACGAUCAUGACUUAUUGGAUGAUCGUGAGGAGGAUACUGCGACAUCGCAGCAGUCUGAUUCAUUACUUUUGAAUUCGUAUUCCUCCGAAGCUGCCGAUGGUGAGCAGGAACAAAAGCCGACUAUUCAGGUAGCUCCUGAAGCUGCGCUGGAAGAUACGCCGCCUAACCGUCUUGCGCCAACAUCGUCUCCAGCCCUUCUGUCGACUCCAGUUCCUGUGUCACGGUCUAAUGCAAGUGUGCCCACGCCCAUCAUUCGCUCGGCGAUGAAGAGUAGUAGUGUCACACCACUUUCUGCCAUGAAGCAAACACCUAUUAACUGUGUGUCACGCCGUCGAUCAGUCAGUUUCUCAGACGGAAGGCGGGAUGGUCCGAUAGAAGGAAUUGGUCGUAAUGCUCCAUCUUCCGAAGCAGUCUCGGGCUCUGACUCUGAGCUUGAGGAUGAGCUUGAUGCUACGGAGCCGAGUACGCGAUCUUUACUGCCCUCGGCAAGGUCGAAACGAAUUGCAGAUAUGCUAGAAGGCUUGGACGAUGACGCAUUUGUCGAUGAUUCCCCUUCUAAAAACAGUUCAGGCAGACCGCCGACCGAUGAACUUCAGCCGAUCAAACCUAGGAAGCCCAGCAGCACAAGGGCUGUCGUUGGCAGUCCUAGCCGGGAUCUCUCUCGGCGGGUGUUUUCAAAGACAGAGUCUUUCCGGUCUUCAAGAGCGCCGAGCAGGAAUGCAACAUUCUUGACCGAAUGUUCAUUCGGUGUGGCCCACGAUCGGCUCGUGCAAGUGAUAACUGAUGUUCAGCCAUUCGAACCCCAUUGGGAACAACUAUCCAGUAUCGACCUCAGCAAGAAAAAUCUGGACAGUGUUGUGAGACUCAAAGAAUUGCUGCCCCGCUUAGAUUCGCUGUUCCUCAACUCAAAUCAACUGUUGUGGCUGAGCGGCGUUCCUGGAGGAGUGCGGACACUUUCCGUCGCUUUCAACUGUCUGACUGGCGUUACAUCGUUUAGCCAUCUACUCAAUCUUGAGAGCCUCGACAUCAGUGAUAACGGCAUUGAUUCUCUCCGCCAGCUGGAAUGCCUUCGGCACCUGCGCGAGCUGCGAGCUGAUGGUAACAAUGUUGACAACAUCGACGGCCUGCAGAAGAUGGACGGCUUGGUCAAGCUCAGUUUGCAACGGAACAACAUUCGAACUAUUGACCUGACGGCUUGUCGCUGGACUCGCUUAGAGAUGUUAAACCUCAGCCAAAACAGGCUAAGCACCAUCCAUGGACUCUCAUCUCUGCCGGCGUUAGUAGCACUGAAUUUGGAUAACAACCUCUUGGGAGAACUUGAUCCCAAUGGGAGCAUGCCUCGGCUGAGGAUACUGCGUGUGAGCGGGAAUCGCCUGCAGCAACUGAACGCGUCGCCUUUUCCCAAUCUCCGCACGCUUUAUGCAGAUAACAACUCCCUGGGACCUAUCAUCAAGGCGUAUCGCCUGACCAAGUUGGAAAACCUGAGUCUGCGGAAUCAGGGCGGGCGGGGUGGACUAACGCUUUGCGUAAGUGAUGUACGCGAUGUGAAGCGCCUCUAUCUCUCCGGAAACCCAUUGAAAUCCGGGUUCAUCUCGGAACCAUGCUACAAUCUCAUUUAUCUUGAGCUUGCCGCAUGUCGGCUCACUGUCUUGCCUCAAGAUUUCUCGCGCAUGGCUCCGAAUUUACGAGUGCUUAACCUCAACUACAACUUCUUGGAGGAAACGUGGCCUCUGGAUGGCCUUACGCGUCUGCGGAAGUUGACGAUAAUAGGCUCGAGGAUUAAUGCAAGCAAACACCUCAUUCGUGUAUUGAGGGGCAAACAGGACAUCGAGAUGCUAGAUUUCAGGAUGAAUCCAUGCACGUUAGGAUGGUAUCUGCCGUUGUUGGUCAAGGAUGUGCCGGGUGCACUUCAACCUUCGGACGGCGAUCGUCGCAAGCCAGGGCCAUCGACCGGUCUGUACCCACAUCUUGGCGCUUCCCCAAAGCUUGAUGAUGGCAGUGGGGCGCAGGCACUCGCCGGACGAAACGGAAUGAAAUCCAGGGGUGCGAACUCCAAACCUGACGCUCUCGACAUUGCAGGAUCGCAGUUACACUCUCCAAGCUCUUCAAAACAUUUGGCCCGAGCUGCUGCUACUCAAUCAACGUCUACAGCCUAUGGACAACUUGCCAAGCCUUCUUUGAACCAUGUACAGAGUACGGCUUGGAAAGAUCUUGACAGUAAAUUCCGACGGGACUUGCCGGACGAUGCAUAUGUAGGCCGGAUGGUUUACCGAGGCCUGGUCAUGCGCUCGUGCCCUGGUAUCCGCAUGUUGGAUGGGAUUGAAGUGAGCGAUAAAGAGAAGGACAAGGCUGAACGGAUUCUCAAGGAAGUCAUGGGUGCCACCUCUCGCGACCCUGGCGCCAAAGACUCCAAGGUCAAGGGGGGCGGGGAACAAGAGAAAGCGUCCGUGUUGGCACUGGACUCCGAGGGACGAUAACCUGGUCCUCAUUCAGGUUUGGUAAAGCCAGGGGAGGAAAUUUGAUAUGCGAGAGUGAUCGGAGGCUCGGACUGAAUAGGAAGGCUCGGGAGCUCGGGGGCAUAGUUUUUUGGGUUCUGGACUCUGUCGAUUUGCGUAAUUUGGAUACUGUGGGUACUGCGUCUCUCUGGAGCCUCUCGCGGGAGAACUCGUGCUCGCGCCUGUUCUUCCUUUUGGCCGGUGGGAGAAUAAACACUGCGUGUUGGAAUGCAUUUGCGUAAGAGGCCAGUUGUGUGCUCGUACUGUCACGAGGAUGAUAAUGAUUGGGCUUUCCGCGGUUGCCGGCAGUUUCAAAUACCUCGUUCUAUUCACUGCCUACACGAAGAAGGUAAUUGGCAUCCAGGUGUGUACAGUCAAGUGGUCAUGUAUCAUGGCUCGGGCGCGAUGAAUACUUAUUUCAAUGAUUUUUAUCCCUUGGCCGAGUAACGUUAGCUAGGGAUCUGUGGUCGUAAUGGUAGUGCGUAGUGGCUCUUUUCACGCCAUGUGGUGUUCAUUCCGACAAAGGAUCAGGCAUUUAAUUGGAACUGCAUUUUCGUCAAUCAUUACAUAUGGUAUUUAUUAUUUGAAUGUAUAUAUAAACUUUAUCUGCGUAUUAAGUUUGCAUAUCUAGGUUUGCUUCCCUCGUCAUUGGCUUUUCG